AUGGGUAGACGGAAAAUCGAAAUUCAGAGAAUUUCUGACGAUAGAAAUAGAGCUGUUACGUUUAUAAAACGUAAAGCGGGUCUUUUUAAGAAAGCCCAUGAAUUAUCUGUUCUUUGCCAGGUAGACAUAGCGGUCAUUAUACUGGGAUCCAAUAAUACAUUUUAUGAGUUUUCUUCUGUGGAUACAAACGAUUUAAUUGACCAUUACCAGAAUGACAAAAACUUACUUCACGAGACGAAAGACCCCUCCGAUUAUGGAGACUUCCACAAAAGUGCAUCUGUGAACAUAAACCAAGAACUACUGAGAACAUCAACAACGAAUAAAGCUUCUACAUCGAACCCUACGGUAAUGAACCAUAUAGAAAAUAAUGAUGAGAACAGUGAUAAGGAACCAGACAAUCAAGUCAAUUUCGAAAGAGAUACAAAUAUGAGCAUAAAUAAAAAAACUUUUAAUAGAGAAAUAUCGACUACGCAGUUGAAACUGUUAUCUCCGACGGCACUCAUUUCAAAAAUAGAUGGUAAUAAUCAUAGUAAAAAUCACCAUGAGAAUGCAUUGCCACCCCUACAGCGCUUGAAAAGACUGAAACCGGAUCCUUUACAAAUGAAAAAUAGAAUUUUGCAACAACAUCAACAGCAGCAGCAGCAGCAGCAGCAGAAUAUACCGAGACCAUACCAUAGCAACAUGUACAAUCUCAACCAACCUUCAUCUAGUUCAUCUUCUCCCUCCACUGUAGAUUUUCCAAAAUUGCCAGGUUUUCAGGGCUCCUCAUUUAGUGCUCGUCCUCCGCCCAUCUCUGUUUCACCAAAUAAAUUUAGUAAGCCGUUCAGUAGUGCAACUUCCAGAACUCCAAAGCAGGAACUGAAGCUUGACAACAGUAAUAGUAAUAGCAAUGACAACAGUACUCACAUUCAGUCAUCACCUAAUUCUUUAGGAGACUCCAUUCAACAAACUGUUAAAGCCAGAAGGAAAUUGUCCGCGAGACCAGUGCUUCGUGUGAGAAUCCCUAACAACAAUUUUACAAGUAAUUCUGCCAUUCCAAGUGAACCCUCCUCUGCCUCAUCCACAUCAGCAAACGGGAAUAGUAUGGGAUCUUCUCAGAUCAUUAAUGAAAAUAAAACAAGUCGAUCUGGCAAAGUUUCCCCCCUAUCGGCCUCUGGCUCAGGUUCCAUGACUCUUCAAAAGGGCAAUAAUGGUAGAGUGGUGAUAAAAUUGCCAAAUACGAACUCAUCUAACAGUCCCAAUAACAAUAGCAGCAAUCAGCAUCAUCCAUAUUCAUUCGGAAAUGGCUCUUCUCCUCUGUUUUCAGCGACACAGCCGUAUAUUGCCACCCCUUUGCAACCAUCAAAUAUUCCUGGCGGACCUUUUCAACAAAAUGCAUCAUCUUUUCUAGCUCAAAGACAAGCUCAACAGUACCAACAAAUGUCCUUUAAAAAGCAGACCCAGACUGUACCACUAACCUCAACUUUCACGGGGCGUCCUCCAACUUUUUCCGGCCCUGAGACUAGCAAUGGCCCUCCCACUGGUUCACUACCAUCAAAGUUCGUUCAUGAUUUAAUGAGUAAUUCUCCAAAUGUUUCGUCAAUUUCAAUGUUCCCAGACUGGGCAGUGGGGCCUGGCAGCGCCAAAGCCGGAAAUACAACCGCCACUGGUGCCUUUCCUCCCGGACAACCAGCCCCAAACAAUAACAAUAAUAACAACAACAGCAGCAACAAAAGUAGCAACAGCAAUAACAAUUAUUACAAUAACAAUGAAGAUAGAUCUGUAAAUGGACCGGCUAUUUUGGAACAUGCCAAUAACGGUGACACGAAUAACCACCCCAACUCGAACACAUAUGAUGCUGCUGCUGCCGCAUAUAAUGGGAAUACUGGGUUAACUCCCUACAUUAAUACUGCUCAAACACCACUGGGUACGAAAUUCUUCAAUUUUUCAACUGACAUCUCAGGAGAGAAGAACUCAAGCAAAAUUUGA